UAAAGACUGUACCAUUGGUUGCACUUUUUACAGGCUUAGGUCCCGUCAAGUAGCCACUCAUGUUGUUGGGGAUGUGUGCGCUAUUUUUUUUUUGCUAUUCCUCUGUUAUUCGUGGAUGGAUCACAAUGAAAUUUGCAGUCUCCGUGCAAACUAUUGUGCACACUACAGAUGUCCACUUGCAACACAGGCAAAAGUAAUACAAGGGAACCAAAACUGGUUCAGGGCCAUCGAGCGGUUUAUGCAUAUUGUAAAGAGGCUGAAAACUGAAGACAAGAAAGAAGACAAUCAGGGCAGCAUUAAUGAGGCACUUGCAAGUAUUCCGGUAUUUGACGAGCUGUCGUCCAGCACAGAGGUGGUGGAGAUGGAAGAUGUGAUUUCCAACCGCUUCCGAGUGCAAAAGCACACGUGGGCUGGUCUGCAAAAAAUAAUUCAUGACACCCACAAGAAUAUAGGCUGCCUCAUCAACAACGAGCCACAUAACUUCCAGUUUGUCCAGGACAGCUCACGUUCCUAUCGGCUUUAUUACCUCGGUACGCGGCACAACAAUAGGGAAAACUCAUUAUUCUACUCAGAUAUUCCCAGCGAGGUAUGCAAAGAACCUCUCCUCAUUUUGUCUGGGAAGCAUCUACUGGAUCACUUUCAGGCCAGCCCCCAACACAAGAUUUUCUCCCUGGCGGAGGAGCUGCUGCGAGAGAGGAUGCGCUUAGAGGUGUCUGGCCUCACAUCCUAUCACUAUCACCAAACUGCAGGACUGUUUCUCUUCCAAGCCAACAACAGUCUACACUAUUGCUUUGACAGCUCAGAUAAUGAUUUCAAACAAGUUAAGAUGACCCCGCAUGAGAUUAGGACCCAAUGUAAGGGUGCACGCAUGGAUGCCAAAAUCUGCCCCUCCGAUUCUAACUUGAUCACUUUUGUUCACAAAAAUGACAUUUGGCUGACCAACAUCAAGACAAAUGAAGAAAAGAGACUCACCUUCUGCCAUAAAGGCACUGACAAGCCAAAUGAGGAUUCCAAAACUGCUGGUGUAGCCUCUUUUGUCACGCAAGAAGAAUUCCAUCGUUUCACCGGAUACUGGUGGUGUCCAGCUGCAAAGGAAGAAUCAGAGGGUGGAAAAACACUGACGAUUUUGUUUGAGGAAGUGGAUGAGUCUGAAGUUGACAUCAUUCAUGUACCAUCUCCAACUAAGGAAGAAAGUUACACUGAUGUGUACCGUUACCCACGUGCUGGCAGCAAGAAUCCGGCUGUUACUCUAAAAUUAGCUGAAAUCAAGAUAAAUAGUCUUGGCAAUAUUGUCAGCACAGAGGAAAAAGAGUUAAUUUUGCCUUUCAAACACUUAUUCCCCACUGCUGAAUACAUCACCCAAGCUGGAUGGACUAAAGACGGUCGAUAUGUGUGGGCAGCCUUGAUAAACCGACAGCAGCAGCAUCUCCAAUUGGUCCUGUUGCCUUUGUCACUCUUCAUUCCCGUGGACCAGAACGUAACUUCCAGGCUGAAGAGUCUGCUGGCUGUUGAGAACACGGCUCAUCCACUCAUCAUUUACCAAGCCAUCAGCAACAUAUGGAUCAAUGUCCACAAUAUUUUCUACCCAUUUAGCCAAAGCAGUGACAAUGAGAUUACAUUUAUCACUGCAAAUGAGUCCAAAACGGGUUUUUGCCACCUGUACAAGAUCACAACAUUGUUGGAGCGUGACUGUUACAAUUGGGCCAGUGGCUACACACACUCUCAAGAUCAUUUCAAAUGUCCAAUCAAGGAAAAGGUGGCACUGACAAGUGGGGAAUGGGAGGUGUUGACCAAUCAUGGAGCAAGGCGGUUAUCCAGCCCUAAUAUUUGGAUUGAUGAGAAAGAAAAGUUGGUGUACUUCCACGGAACAAAAGACUCACCCUUGGAGCAUCACUUGUAUGUCGUGAGCUACGAGUCACCAGGAGAAAUCGUACGACUUACCAAGCCUGGUUUCUCUCACAACUGCUCCGUGAGCCCUACAUUUGACAUGUUUGUCAGCCACUACAGUAGCCUGACCACCGCACCUUGCAUGAGCGUCUACAAGCUGAUCAACUCAAAUGGCAACCCGCUGCGCAAAAAGCCGGAGUUCUGGGCAAGUCUGAUGAAGCCUACUGGCCAUUCACCCGAUGUCACCCAUCCUGAAAUUUUUAGCUUCAUGGGGAAGUCUGGCUUUCAGCUUUAUGGCCUCUUGUACAAACCACACAGUUUGGUUCCAGGGAGGAAACAUCCCACAGUUGUCUUUGCGAAUGGCGGUCCUAAGGUCUGGACUAAGGUCCAGUUAGUGAAUAACUCUUAUCAAGGCAUAAAAUACAAGCUGCUGAGCAAGUUGGCGUCUCUUGGUUACGUUGUGCUCAUCAUUGACAGCCGAGGCUCCUGCCAUCGAGGACUCAAGUUUCAAGGAGCUGUGAAGGACAAAAUGGGUGAGGUGGAGGUUGAAGACCAGGUGGAAGGUUUGCACUAUGUAGCAGAAAAGUACAAGUUUGUGGACUUGAAUCGCGUUGCCAUCCAUGGUUGGUCCUACGGAGGCUUUGUUUCUCUCAUGGGUCUCAUUCAUAGACCUGAUAUUUUCAAGGUUGCCAUUGCAGGGGCACCAAUUACAUUGUGGAUGGCUUAUGACACUGGUUUCACAGAGCGGUACUUGGAUACCCCUGAAAACAACCAGAAGGCUUACGACGCUUGCUCAGUUGCGCUCAAUGUCAACAAGUUCCCUAAUGAACCAAACAGACUGCUGAUCCUGCAUGGAUUUCUUGAUGAGAAUGUACACUUUUUCCACACAAACUUUCUUGUAUCCCAACUCAUACGUGCGGGGAAACCAUACAACCUUCAGGUUUAUCCCAACGAACGGCACAACAUCAUGUGUUCAAAGACUGCAGAACAUUAUGCAAUCACACUGAUGCACUUCCUCCAGGAGAACCUCUGAUAACACUGAAGCAAAGUUUAUUCCACCAGAGAGAGCUGCUUGCAUUUUGUUGUUUUUAUGCAAGGCAAAAUGUUGCACUGUUUUUAAAAUCUUAAAUUAGAGAAAGCCUUCUUCUGGCUUCAACUAUUCUUUUUAUCUUAUAUACUAGUAUAUAAUGAAUUUAAUCUCUGUUUAUUUAUUUGAUCGAAAAAGCUGAUGUGAAACGUUUUUCCAUUUCCAUUGACAAUUUUAGAAAGUUCAAGUGGGUUGGCACUUUCUUACCUCCAAGUGCCAUUCAAUGAGUUUUGGGGUUAAUGUUUCCUAAAAUGUAUUUAUUUCUAGAUUUAGGAUGUUUUGGAAAUGUUUAUUUUUCAAUGUGAUUGUCUAAGCAUUAUGAUAAAAUAUAUGUGCAAAGGAUGUUUUGUGUCAUAAUUGCCAAGUUGUUAAAAGGCUCUUUGUUAGAUUUGAAGCUAGGGUUGUGUACAUGUAACUUGGCUGAAAAGAACAUGAAGGACAUCGAUGUAGCUUUUGUGGAGGUUGGUACCCUCUUCUUCCAGUUGCUGUAAUAGCAACCCUCUUUAUUCAGGGGCAAACAAUAGGAUGGGAGGGGCAGAAAAGCAUUAUAGACCAUAGAAUAGAUUACAUAGACUACAUUGGGGCCACAUGGCCCAGGACAAAUGAAAGGCUGACUUGACAGAAGUUAUCCUCUCUGGUGACUAACUAUAAUAGGGAAAGCAUAAAUGUUAACUAUAUGCACAACAAUUCUAACACUAUUGUAUUCUGUUUAUGCAGAAAAAGAGGCUCAAAACCGUGUACAACUUCAAAUAUUGGCACAUGUAGAGAUAAAUGAUAUUUUACAAGCUAAACAACUCUUCUGUCACCCUUAAAUGCCUUGUUAAUUUCCAUGCCCAGAUGAGCUUGAUGUGUACAUACAGUACAUUCAUUUACUACACAUUAUUUUAGGGCUAAACUAAAACAUGUUAUUAAUAUUUCACUGUGCAUUGGUUUAAGUAAAUCUGAAAAAAAUCCUACACUUGAAAGAUAAAUAAAUACAAAACUCCACAUAUAGUUACUGCCUUUAUUUACUUUAGUUGGCAAAGUACUAUAAAUGAGGUCAACAUAUUAACUCAAAGUGUUGAUGUUUUUACUUUUUUACAGAAUAUCCCCAUGUGUCAUAAUUUUACAGCAAUAACAAUAUUACCACUUUAUCUAGAGGGAUGUUUAUCUAGCAAUAAAGCUUUCGAAGCAAGCCAAACAUUUACACAAGAAAAAUAAAGAAAAAGUGCAGCGCCACAUGACAGAAACACUCGUACAGUCUGUCUUCACUCUCUUUGUGUUGCUAUCUGAACUAGACAAGCAAAAAUAAAUAUUUUUUAUGAUUGAUGAAAAGCUUGUCGGGGGA